CCGCGCGGAGCAGAAAACGGGCUGGACUCGUCCGCUUGGAACAACGGCCGCUGCACCGGAGGACCGACCCGGGGACUGCGGGACCGGGAGGCUGCUGACAGGCGUUAACAGCUUCAUCUUUCCCCGGGGACAAUCUCCUGCUGACAACCGCGGCGGAAGCAGCCGACCCCCAGCUCCUCUCGUCCGCUGCUCGACGUCUAGGAUUUUUUUGUUCGUUUCGUCUGAGAGGAAGCGACUGUAAAUACAAAGCGAACCGAGGAGCCGAGCGUCCCCGGCGGCUCCACCAUGGCUCCUCCGGCGCUGCGCGUGCACGGCUGCUGUGUGAGGACGCUGUGUUUGCAGCUGCUGCUGUGGAUUUUAUGUUCCGUGAACGGAGAGGAGCAGCCGUUCAGCGUGGAGGCAUGGCUCCAGAGGUAUGGAUACCUCCCUGCAGCAGACCCCCGAAUGUCAGUGCUGCGCUCUGCCCGAGUCAUGCAGUCCGCUAUCGCUGCCAUGCAGCGCCGCUACGGCCUCAACAUCACAGGGACUCUGGACAGCCACACUGUAGAGUGGAUGAAGAAGCCCAGAUGUGGCGUUCCCGACCAGAUAGGGGGUGCGUCCAGAUUCAGUGUCAGGAAACGGCGGUACGCCCUCACAGGACAGAAGUGGCAGCACAAACAUAUCACAUACAGUAUAAAGAACGUGACGCCCAAGGUGGGCGCGGAGGAGACCCACGAUGCCAUUCGACGAGCCUUUGACGUUUGGCAAAACGUGACGCCGCUGCGCUUCGAGGCUGUGGCCUACAGCGAACUGGAGAGGACCAAGAAAGACGUAGACAUCACCAUCAUGUUCGCCUCAGGAUUCCAUGGGGACAGCUCGCCCUUUGAUGGCGAAGGUGGCUUCCUUGCUCAUGCCUACUUCCCUGGACCGGGAAUAGGAGGCGACACGCACUUUGACUCCGAUGAGCCGUGGACACUGGGAAACCCCAACCAUGACGGUAACGAUUUGUUCCUGGUAGCGGUCCAUGAGCUCGGUCACGCUUUGGGCCUCGAGCACUCCAAUGAUCCCACGGCCAUCAUGGCUCCUUUCUACCAGUACAUGGACACUGACAACUUCAAACUGCCCAUGGACGACCUGCAGGGCAUCCAGAAGAUUUAUGGGCCUCCCGAUAAGAUUCUCCAGCCCACUAAGCCUUUGCCGACAGCGCCCCCACCCCGCUCUCAUCUUCCCUCAGACCCCCGUAAGCCAGACAGGCAGACGCGACCUCCGAGGCUGCCCCCAGGGGACAGGCCGUCCCACCCCAAUGCUAAACCCAACAUCUGCGAUGGCGGCUUCAACACACUGGCCAUCCUCAGGAGGGAGAUGUUCGUCUUCAAGGACCACUGGUUUUGGCGGGUGAGAGAUAACUCUGUGAUGACGGGGUACCCCAUGCUCAUCAGUAUCUUCUGGAGGGGCCUGCCGCCCAAGAUAGACGCCGUCUACGAGAACAACGAGGGCAAGUUCGUCUUCUUCAAAGGAAAGCAGUUCUGGGUGUUUAAGGACACCGUCUUGCAGGCCGGAUACCCGAAGGACAUCACCCAGUUUGGCAAUGGCAUGCCGGCCCAGAGCAUCGACACGGCCGUGUGGUGGGAGGACGUGGCCAAGACCUACUUCUUUAAAGGGGACAGGUACUGGCGCUACAACGAGGAGAUGAGAACCAUGGACCCCGGCUAUCCUAAACCUGUCACAGUGUGGAGAGGUGUGCCUGACUCGCCACAGGGGGCCUUCGUCGACAAAGCCAAUGGUUUUACCUACUUCUACAAGGGGAAGGAGUACUGGAAGUUCAACAACCAGUUCCUCCGGGUGGAGCCGGGCUACCCACGCUCCAUCCUCAAGGAGUUCAUGGGCUGCGACCAGAUGCCCAUCGACCCCGGCCGUCCGCCGGCUGACGACGGCAACACAGACGUCGUGAUCGAGCUGGACAACGAGGCCAACACGGUGAAGGCGGUCGCCAUCGUCAUCCCCUGCGUGCUCGCGCUUUGCCUGCUGGUGCUGGUGUACACCGUGGUGCAGUUCAAGAGGAAGGGCACGCCGCGUCACAUACUUUACUGUAAGCGCUCCAUGCAGGAGUGGGUCUGAGACAAACGGACGGACGAGCGGGUUGGGCUAGGGGGCGUGAGGAGAGACUGGUGAAAACAGGACGGCAAGCCCCCACUUUCACAAAGACAAGGACAGUGGACUUCUAUUGGACGACGCUCAGCCGCGCCGCCUCGGUUUGGGUGAUCUGUUGCUUCGCUCUGACCCGCAGACGCCGCCCCUCUGGACUUAAAGUUGACUCCUCUAACCCCGGCCUUUUUACAAACAAAGGGGGCAGGGGUCACUUUGUGGGGGGGGCGGUCUUUACCUGAAUGACCUUGAGUCCCGGUCCCCAAAAAAACAAAAAAAAACAGGAGGGUCGACAUCACUUUGUAUCUCAGACUUCCUGUCCCCUCCCCCUUUUCUCCGUGUGGCCGACUGCUCGUACCCAGAGGGGGGACGUUCAAGGGGGACGCUGCAUCUGCAUCUGUCAUAUCAGGUUGUUGAUUAAACAGCAGUUUUAUAUUUUCUGAUCUCUGUGCCCCCCUCCCCCAACCAACCCACACACCCACUAACGUCAUUGUGCGCUCAGAAGAUGAAGAAUCUCAGAUUAACACCACAUCAACAAUCUUCAGUCCUCCUUAUAUUUUAUUUUUAAAAAUGUCAGUUGUUUUAUUUCGAGGUCCUCACUGCUCCCUUUAACACGCUCCUGAGGAAGAGACCAAACGAAACCAAAUAAAAUCAAUUUCUCUCCAAAGAGGAUCACGUUUUUUCUCCUUACUUUUUUGUUCCUUUUUUUAUCUUUUGGAUUCAACCUUUCUUCCCUUCUCUGGAUCAUUGUGGAGAUUUAGGAGUCGGGGAGCUCUUGACUGUUGUGGCAGUCUGUUCGAGACACAGGGGCCAAAUUAUUCUGCAAUAUUUUAACUCGCCUUAAUUAUAGAUCAUACUUGUGCUUGGUUUUCGCUGUUCUUGGUGUUAUUUUAAUGUUUUUUUUUGUAUACCACUGUUUGUUUGUUUGUUUUUUUGUAAAGGAGCUAAUUCAGAGCUUCUUGUGAUUAGUAUUUCUGUAUUUUAUUACGUUACCCAGUGGCCUCAGCACUGGUUUGCUGAGAGUUCUGGACAUAAAAAACUAGGGUCAGCCUGUAUUGAGAGAAACGUACUGUAUUGUAACAAGAUGAUGGAAGGUUCUGGAGUAAAGCCACUAUUUUUAUCUAUUACUUUUAUUAUUUCAACAUGACACAAGUUCAUCAAGAGUUUGACAGUCUUAUUAUUGCAUUUGCUGAUUAUUUGGUCCGUGGCCCAUAAUUCCCCUCACUUUGUGCAUCCAAACUGGUCAUUGUUUAUGGUUGUAUGUGAUUGGACAGACUUUUUUUUUCUUUUUUUUUAAAGACGGCCUGUUGACUGCCUUGUUUGAGAGAGCUCACAGUUCCCAGAAUGCUCUUUGUCUCCUGACUGAGGACCCACCUUAGUGAGCCACCAAGUCGAGAUCAGUGCCUGUGUCAACGUGCAUGCAAGCAUUAACUGUACGACCGGCUUUGGUUUUUCUGUUCUUGAAAAUACGUUUUGCAUUUAUUUUUGUACAUUUCAAGUGUAACCCCCCCCUGCCCCCCCCUUACCUCCAGGUACUAAGAAUAAAAACGGAUAAGUCAGGUGUUAUAUCUUUGUGAGAUCUGAAGGAUGACUGGCGAAGGAAAUUGGCCUCAAGACACAAAAAAAACGAGCGUUAGCAAACACAUCGUGUCCUCGCAGCCUUUGAAUGUGUCUGUUUUCAUGAUCAAAUACUGCUUUCUGUUUUUAUUAUUUUCUUCUUCCUGUUUUCUGGAUCAAACUAAUCGGACAUCUUUGUAUAAGACUUUGGGACAACGGAGAAACGUGUCCCGACAGAAUGAAUAAAAUGAUCACAACAUGAAUAAGA